AAGCCCAAAAAAACAAUGACCAGUGGGCGUCUGUGAGGGCGGGCAGUGUUCGAGAGCCCUUUUUUCUUUCUCCAGUCGCUUGAUAUAUACGUAUAUAACAAGAUAAAGGAAAUCCGUGUUCGGGAUCAUUUGAUUUCCAUCAUGUUCAAGAAGACGUCUAGUCGGAACCAAAGAUCGAAGGGUAUCAGGACGAAACAUGUCCUUCAGAUUUGUCUGCUACUUGGGGUCUGUUUCUGGUUAAUCUACCAGGUCAAGCACUCACAUGAUAAGAGAAAAGAAUUUGAUGAGAGAGAUGCUAAAGUUUCUGUGAAAGAACAAUCCGAUGAUUUGAUCGUAAAGUUUGGCAGGAAAGACCUUCCUCGUGUGCAGGAAGCAUCUAAGAACUACAAGCAUGAGGAAGACGAGGAAGAAGAAAGUGUAAUAGAGGAUGAAAAUAAGCAUGAUGAAGAACAGGAAGAGAAACCUAAGAGGCUUGGCGAAGAGGAGCAUGAAGGAGCAAGCAAACACGAAGAAGAGGAGCUGGAUGAAACAGGCAAACACGAAGAGGAGGAACAGGAUGAAGGAAGUAAACAUGAAGAGGAGCAGCAGGAAGAAGGAAGCAAACACAAUGAAGAAGAGGAGCCAGAAGAAGUGCAGGGAGACGAAGGCAGCAAGCGUGAUGACGAAGAGCAAGAAGCUGAAGUUAAGGAUGAAGAAGCAGAAGAUGAAGGAAAAGGAGAUGGAGAUGAUGAGGUUGAUGAAAACGAGCAAGAAAGAGCUGAUGCUGAAGUUGGCAAUGAAGAAGAAUUAAUGGAUGAGGAUAAAGAGAGAGAAGCCGAGGGUGAUGAUAAGGAGAAUGAGGAAAAAGAAAAUGAUGAAAAAGAGGGUCAAGACGAAAGUGAGCAUUCAGCAAAUGAUCAGAAUCUUGAUGGAGGUGAUAGGGAGGCACACGAGGCGAGGGAGGUGCAUUAUAAGGCUGAUGAUGCGUCCAGUGCAGUGUCCCACGACACACAAGUUGUUAGCUCUGAAUCUGAUAAAUUAGAAACGGAAAAUUCUGGUGACAACUUAACAAGGAAUGUUUUGGAGAAGGAAAGCAAAGCCAAUACUACCGAGAAAGCCAAUGGUGAUGAAAACAAGUCUGAAGCGAAGGAUGAUGAAGGUAAACACUCUGAAGGUGGUAGUUCCUCUAAUAAUGAUGAAAACAAGUCAGAAGUGAAGGUUGAUGAAGGUAAACGCUCCGAAAGUGAUAAUUCCUUGAAUGUCUUUCUUCCAAAUACAACAAACACAAUUGACUUUGUUGAACAAGCAAGCAGUAACUCUACAGAAGUUAGUAAAGAAACAGGCAACAUGGAUUCAAAAGCGAACACAGAAAUGCCGGGUUCACUGCAGAAUGGGACUUCGGCUCAAGGUACAACAGAAGAUGGUAUGGUUACUGAAGAAAAAUAUAAAGAGAGAGCCAGGGAGACGACUUCAAAUGGUCAGCAGUCUGGUUCCAAUACAGUUGAUGCACGCAAAAUCGAAUUGGUAGAUUCGAUCACCACGGAAUCCUCAAAUUCAACCGAUACGGAGUCUGGCAUGUCAGACGAUACCCCCAGGAUAAAAGCAACAGCCAAAGGGCACAAUUCCGAGUCUUCCACGACUAAGGAGAACACAGAUUCAACUCAGAAUGAGAAACAAGAAGGCGACGAUGAAUCAAGGGGAGCAGAUGAAAGCUCAGACACUUCCAUCUCUAAUGAGACUGUGAAUGGAGGUCACAAUGACCCCAUUGAUUCGACCGACAAUUCGCUUUCCCAAGAAGAGAAAGAUGCUGCUGUGGAUCUUAGCGCAUUACCAGAUAUUACAACAGAAGGGAGCAACAAUGAAGAUACUGUUGCUGAAUGAAAAUCUGAUCUGUAUGGUUGUUCAGUUCUUGUGAAGUGCUUUAAAGCUUGCUAUGUUUGCACUAUAAUUUGAUACACGGACGGUGUUUCUAGAGAAUACGGUUUCAACCUGGAAGUGGAAAUGUAGACUAUAUAUGAUGUUGAUGCAAUC